CACCGCAAAGUUGACGCCGACGCCCGUUCAAAAGCUAACACUCGACGUCGGGACGCCACUGUCGAAGGACGCGAGCGCGAUGAAUAUGUAAGCAAUUUUACCGCGGCGAGACUUAAAUCAUUUGCAUUCGUCAACUUUAUCCCACGAGACCUUGUGACCGAAAGUACCGGAAGUCACUUUGUCCCAUAGUCCCUCUAAUUUAAAAUCACUCAUAUCGUGUGUAUGUGUGUGUGUGUUUGUGUAAAUGACCUUGGACCCUCGAUCUUGAAAUUUUCUUUUUACUAAAAUAGUGCUUUUUUCAAACUACAAGUGCUUUGAAAAUUAUUUAACUGCUUUUUGUAUUUGCAAUUAAUAGAAUUUAAAUAUUUUUCUAAAAAUUGUUAAUAAUUUUUAAAUUCUUUACACAAUUUAUUAAGGGGUAAAAAAAAGUGUUUUAUUAUAAUCACCGUGUAAGAAAAGUUGCACAUGGCAUCAAAAGUUUUAAAUUAUUUCGAAACCUGUAGUUUUAGAUUAAUAGUGAACAUUAACAAUAUUCAGAUACUAUCAAAACAGCUGAAUAAGAGACCUAAUUUAAAUUGAGAAAGAGAUCUUGUCAACUAGAGAGGGAUUGUGAUGAAUCAAUUCAGUGAAAAACUUGAGUGAUUAUAAUUUAGAAAAAAUUUUAUCCGAUUUAAACGAGCACAAUGACCAGUAGUAGUGCUAUAAGUGAUUGAAAUCUGACAUUUUCUGAGUUUUUAAAAUACCGCAUUGUAUAAUUUUAGGAAGAAAAACAAAAAAGCCCCUCAAGGUCAAGAGCUUAAAUAAUAAUUACCAUAAAGUUAAAAUUAUGCAGUAGAAAAAAAAAAACAGCUUCUAGGUCAAGUGCUAAUAAUAUGGAUAUUGUUUAGAAAAGUGAUUAAGAAGAUUUGUCACUAGGAAGUGUAAGGAAACAAAAUUGUUUUAUAAUUGCAUAAUUAUAAUCAACUUUUAUAUUAAAAAUUGUGAUGAUCGAACAUUUCAAGAAGAAGUUAUAAAGCAUGUGUUAACAAAAUCUCAUCACAAAUAUUACGAGAAUCUUUCAUCAAAGAUCAGCCGCAACAAACAGAAUUUGAAGAAUCUUCAAUGACUUUUGGCUAAACCGACUGUCAGAACUGUAAUUUGCAGAAUCUAAACAUCAUCCAAAAGUCCAAGAAUAACGAAAUGACUUUACCAAAACAGAAUUCAAUUAGCAUCCACCCUUACGAAAUUCAAAAAAUAACGAAUCAUUUAUAAUUUUUUUCUGAAAUACAAAGAAAUAAAUUAUAAAAGGGCAAAGUUAGAAGUAAAACCCCGAAAUCCUUGCAAAAGGUAUGAUAGCAACCCACAAUCAAACUUCAUCCCGAGCGGGCUCUCGACUCGGUCAAUUUGAAGACAAUAACGUUGGUUCAUCAAACAAUAUUAUUUCAAACAAAGAUCCAAUUGUGGGGGAGGUAACAAAAGACGAACGCAAUCAAGAGGCGCCACGUCGUGACGAAUCACCAAAACAAAAUUCAACUCAAAUGGCAAAUACAACACCAUCUGGUGGUGGUAUAGAGGAGGAUGAUGAUGAUGAAGAGGAAGAAGAUGAAGAGGAGGAGGAAGAAGAUGGUGUACGAGUAGGGGAAUUAGAUGAAGAGGAAGACGACGAGGAGGUGGAAUCAUCAAGAGAGAGGGAGAUGUCAGGUCAAGAGGUGGUGGCACCACCAACAACGACAACGAACAAUGGACGUAGGGGAACAACAUCAUCAGGGGUGGGAAUGGUAAUGCAGGACACAGGAAUAAUGGGGGGAUCGGAGCAUUGUACAAGUGGGGGUGGCGGUAUGGGCGGGUACUGGAACAGGCAGAGUAGACCCUCCAGUCCCCGCAUGCCGCCUCCGGAGCAGCCGGAGACCAGGCCGAGGAGCCGACACGAGCCGGUGCAACCGGCAAGGUACAAUAACCUUGGAUAUUGGAGGGCUAGACGUGUCACAUUUUACAAAAAUGGGGAUCCCUAUUUUCCCGGAGUUGAAUUCAGAUUCAAACCUGGACGAGAUAUUGGCUCAUUGGAAGCCUUAUUGGACAGAUUAUCACUGCGUUUGGAUCUCCCGAGAGGGGCGCGACAUAUUUUUUCAAUGGAUGGAGACCGUAAACUCAAUCUUGACGAAUUGGAGGACGGUGCCUCUUAUGUUGUAUCUAGUUACAAGACUUUUAAACCGGCAAGCUACGGCAAAAAGAGCAAUACGUGGUAUGCAACUCCCGGUGGAGGUGCAAGUAGGGGUGGAGGUGCUGGUACCGGAUUGGGUGGAGGUGGAGGAGUUGGAGUGUGGCAAAGUAGAAGUACCCCGGCGGUGGCAAGUCUUAGCAGGAAAGCGUCUAUCACCGACGAAGCCCCCCCUCCUGGGGGUGGAAAACCCUCUUCCGGUCGCGUCAUUCGUAUUGUCAACAACCUCGAUCACACGGUUCAAUGUCGAGUGCUCUUGAAUCUUCGAACGUCUCAACCAUUCGAGGAAGUGCUCGAGGAUUUGGGCCAAGUGCUCAAAAUGAACGGGGCCAAGAGAAUGUUUACUGUCUCAGGACAAGAGGUAAGGAGUUUCUCACAAUUGAGAAAUGAAUUUGCCGAUGUGGAUACAUUUUAUUUGGGAAUUGGCGCUGGUACCGGAAUGGGUACGGCCCUGGGUUCACCAGCGAGAAGAUCACGUUCUCGUGGACCAUCAACUGUUGUUGAGGAUAUUGGACGACAAAGGAGGGCACGCAGCAAGAGUAGACCCCGUGCAUUGUACGCUCCUGAAGCCGAAGUAGUACGAGUCAAUGAUUAUAGCGUUGUAGAAGUAUUAAGAGAAGAACCAGCGAGAGUUACAAUAAGAGGACUAAGACGAUCUUUCUAUCCACCCUCUCAUCUUCCACCGGUCGACAAUUCACCGCCAGAUAAAAAAUUACAAUUAGAAUGGGUUUACGGUUAUCGGGGUACUGAUACGCGAAGAAAUCUUUGGGUACUGCCAAGUGGAGAAUUACUUUAUUAUGUUGCUGCCGUAGCUGUUCUCUUUGAUAGAGAAGAAAAUGCUCAACGACAUUACGUUGGACAUACUGAGGAUAUUACCUGCAUGGAGGUACAUCCUAGCAGGGAAUUAGUAGCUUCCGGUCAAAGAGCCGGAAGGCACAGAAAAGCACAACCGCAUGUUCGAAUUUGGUCGACAGAAACUCUUCUCACACUUUAUGUUUUUGGAAUGACCGAAUUUCAAAUGGGCGUUUCUGCCCUUGCUUUUUCACAAUUGAAUGGAGGUAGUUACGUUUUAGUUGUCGACGCUGGAAGGGAGGCAAUUCUUUCAGUAUGGCAAUGGCAAUGGGGUCAUUUACUCGGUAAAGUAGCGACACUACAGGAAGAUUUGACUGGAGCUGCUUUUCAUCCUCUCGACGACAAUCUUCUAAUCACUCAUGGUCGAGGUCAUUUAACAUUUUGGAAUCGAAGAAAGGAUGGAUUCUUUGAAAGGACCGACAUAAUUAAACCUCCCUCUCGUACACACGUGACGAGUAUUCAAUUUGAACAAGACGGAGAUGUUGUCACGGCUGAUAGUGAUGGAUUUAUCACAAUUUAUUCCGUCGAUGCGGAUGGAGCUUAUUUUGUUCGAAUGGAAUUUGAAGCACACAAUAAAGGCAUCAGUUGUCUGGUGAUGCUUUCCGAAGGCACUUUACUUUCUGGUGGUGAGAAAGAUCGUAAAAUCGCUGCUUGGGAUUCAUUGCAAAACUAUAAACGAAUAACAGAUACCAAGUUGCCAGAAUCUGCCGGUGGUGUACGAAGUAUUUAUCCCCAACGGCCAGGUAGAAACGAUGGCAAUAUUUACGUUGGAACAACGAGAAAUAAUAUUUUGGAAGGUUCACUUCAAAGACGAUUUAACCAAGUUGUGUUCGGUCAUGGACGGCAGCUUUGGGGUUUGGCUGUUCAUCCGGACGAUGAAGUUUUUGCCACUGCUGGUCACGAUAAGAAUAUUGCAUUAUGGAGACGACACAAAUUGCUAUGGACCACUCAGGUUGGCUUUGAAUGCAUUUGCAUUGCUUUUCAUCCUUUUGGAGUUGCACUCGCCGCAGGUUCUUCCGAGGGACAUCUUUUAGUUUUGGCAGCUGACACAGGUGCUGCAGUGGCAACCCUGAGAGUUUGUGGAUCACCUUUGUCCUGCAUUGGAUAUAAUCCAACUGGCGAAAUGGUGGCAAUGGGCUCACAAAAUGGAAGUGUUUAUUUGUUCAAAGUAUCAAGAGAUGGAUUUUCGUACAAGAAGAGUAAUAAAAUUAGAGGAACUCAACCUUUAGUUCAACUCGAUUGGAGUUCUGAUAGUCGAUUUUUACAAACUGUUACUCAGGACUAUGAUCUCGUGUUUUGGGACGUUAAAGCUCUAUCAUCAGAAAAGAGUCCUUUAGUUAUGAAGGACGUCAAAUGGUACACUUACAAUUGUACUGUUGGUUUUAUGGUGUCAGGAAUGUGGAACAAUCGUUAUUACCCAUUGACAACGGUUUUAACAACCGCGAGUCGUUCAGCGGCACAUGAUAUGCUCGUGAGUGGCGACGCUGAAGGAUAUUUGCGUCUCUUCAGAUAUCCAUGUACAAGCGCAAAAGCUGAAUAUGUUGAGGAAAAAGUUUACAGCUCCCUCGUUGCCUGCGCUCGUUUCUUGUAUAAUGAUCAAAAUGUCGUCACCGUCGGUGGAACUGACGCUGCCUUAAUGCUCUGGGAACUUGUCGACGAGUAGAAUGCAAUACAUAUGCAUUUUGAUCUUAUUUGAAUCUUUUUGAUGUUCUGCGACGAUAAUUGAAAAAGUUGCAGUUGUUGAGAAAAUAUAAUACAGUUUCACAUAAAUGGCCAAGUUUUCUUGGUUUUUUUUUGAAGCAUCAAUUAUUAUUGAUACAGGAUUUCUUUCCAUUUGGAAUCGCGACAUUGUUAUUUUGCAGAAAUUCAGUGAACAACAUUUUUUUUGUAUGUACAGAGAUUUGCACCAUUU